UAUCACCCAUGAUCUGCAGAACAGUCGAUAAACUUCCUUCAGUAAAGAGAUAUAAUUUACCUGCUUAUUAAGACUUCUUUGGAAUAUAGAUAAAAAAUCUAUUCCUUGAUUAUAAUUUGGUUAUGUAUGGUUGACCUGUUUAAAGUUUUUAAUUACUGAAUAACAAUGGAUGAGAUUGCAAUGAAUAACUCUUGUAUUUUCAUUAAAGAAGAAAAGACAGAUGACAUGGAUAAUGAAAGUAUGGGGAGUCCUCAUGGUUUUAUUGAAGAGGAAAAUACAGAUGAAAUUGAAGCUGAAUGUAUGAUCAAUCCUGUUGUUUGUAUAGAAGAAGAGAAGAGCAACGAAACUUUGGCUGAAAUUCCGACGAUUGUUAUCAAACAGGAGGAUGAUUCACAAUUUUAUUAUGAAGAUGGAAUGACUCAUGUGAAACACGAAGGAGAGGAGUUUGUUUCUGAUGAUGGAAUGAGUAACUCUUGUAUUUUCAUUAAAGAAGAAAAGAUAGAAGAAACGGAAGAGGAAAGCAUGAGUAACCCUGAUGCUUUUAAAGAAGAAGAAACUACAGAAGAAAUUGAGCCUUCAUGCACUCAGGAUCCCUUCUACAAGUUGCAUGAGAUAAGUCAAAAUGAAUUAAGGUCUAAGAUGAACAUGGACUUAGAAAUGCAGUCUAAAUUCAGUAAUCAGAAAAAAGACUGCCCUCAAUGUAGUUAUAAAACUGAUAGCAAUAGCCGUUUAAAACUUCACAUACAGUCUUGUCAUAGCGAAGAAAAACCUCACCAAUGUCCUCAUUGUGAUUUUAAAGCAGCUCUUUUAGGUAAUUUAAAAAGUCAUGUCAUGCACCGUCAUACAGGUGAAAAGCCUCAUAAAUGUCCUUAUUGUGAUCUUAAAGCGAUCACACUUAGUCGACUUAAAAGACAUGUAAUGGCCAUGCAUACAGGUGAGAGGCCUCAUAAGUGUCCUCAUUGUAACUAUGGAGGUGUAACCAACGGUCAUUUAAAAAGGCAUAUAAUGGCUCAUCAUACCGAUGAGAAGCCUCACCAUUGUCCGCAUUGUGACUAUAAAGCAAUAGAAAUUAUGAGUGUAAAAAAACAUAUAAUGGCUCGUCAUUCAGGUGAAAGGCCCCUUCAGUGUCCUCAUUGUGAUUAUAAAGCAAUUGAAAAGAGAUCAUUACAGAACCAUAUGCUUCAUCAUACGGGAGAGAAGCCUCAUCGAUGCCCCCAUUGUGAUUAUAAAGCAGGAAAUGUUGCUUUAAUAAAAAGCCAUGUUAAGUACCAUCACAGUGGUGAAAAGUCUCAACAGUGUCCUCAUUGUGACUUCAAAGCAGAAACUAUCACCUUUUUAAGAAAACAUAUAAGCAGCAAUCAUAAAGAUGAAAUAAAUAAGCCUCAUCAUCGAUGUCAUCUUUGUAGCUAUGAAACGGACAACACCACACGUUUGAAAUUGCACGUAAUGGCCCUUCAUACUGGUGAAAAGCCUCAUCAAUGUUCUUGCUGUGAUUAUAAAGCAGUUACGAUGAGUCAUUUAAAAAGACAUAUAAAAUAUCGUCAUACCGGCGAAAAAACUCAUCAAUGUCCUUUUUGCGACUUUAAAGCGAUCGAACUUAUUACUGUAAAAACGCAUAUAAUGUCCCGUCAUACGGGUGAGAAACCUUAUCAGUGUACUCACUGUGACUAUAAAACUGAGUACGCUAAUCGUUUGAAAUUGCAUAUAAUGGCCCGUCAUACGGGCGAGAAACCUCAUCAAUGUACCUCUUGUGAUUAUAAAACUGCUCAAAAGAGUAAUUUGAUGAAACAUAUAAAGCACCAUCAUAAUGGGGAGAGGCCUCAUCAGUGUCCUCAUUGUGAAUAUAGAGCAGGAGAAUCUAGCGAUGUCAGAAGGCAUAUGAGAACUCGACAUAUAGGUGAGAGUUUACAGGUAAUAUCCUCGGUUUGACUUUGUUAUGGAUCAUACUGAUUGAGAAAGGUAAAUAUUCUAAAAUAUUGGCUGAUAUUAAUUUUUCUCACUCAUUUUAAGAAACAAUUAUAAAUGUUUUGGGACCUGAAAUUUAGAGGUGUUAGGAGAUGGAAUUAUUCUCCCUAUAUAAUAGUACUUCAUAAAGUCAACAUCUGGAGACUGCCUCCAGGACAAACAGGUCCAUCUAUCAAGAGAUAGGCGACAUUGAAGCUAGGUAAAUGCUUUUCAAAAAUAACUGAAUAAGGUUAAGUCGUAAGUCUAUAAGGAGAGUAGACAGAAAGCUUUCAAGAGAGAAAAUUCUGCAAAACUCAAGCAGGAAAUUCUUCACCAGUCAACAGAAGAGAAGUGUAUACUUCUCUCCAGAAUGGCCUUAAUGCAAGAACCAGGUAAGUCGAAUCUCAGAAAUUUUUGGUUCGUCCCAUAUGAAAUUAAAUAAGACAUCAGCCAAUUCCAUGUUUAGGGUUUGAAUAAAUGAGCAAGUUUUGAUUGAUAUAUAUAUAUUUUUUAAUGUAGAUUGAAUUUAUUAACAUUAUUGUAAAAAACAAGGAAAUUCUGGACUUAUAUAUGCACUUUUACAUCAUUCCUUAACAUAUUGACCGUUGAUUUAGUCCUUUUCACAUUCACUGAUUAUUUGAUGACCACCUUUUUGUUUACAGGCAAAAAUGCAUUCUUUUUUUGUUGGAAAAUAUAGAUUUAUCUGUUUUUUUUCAUUAAGGCUUUCCAUUAUUAGUCAUUUGACAGAAAAGUCUUAGAAAGAAAUAUCAUCUUAAACAUAUUCUGUAAAUUUUGGGGCUAAACCAAUUUUGUCCAAUAAAUUUAGCUUAUGUCAACAAGAGUGUUAAUUUGUUUUAAAUCUUUUUAUCAAUAAGCCACUAAUAUUAUUUUAAGUAAUGUUUUUUUUUUAUGUCUAUGUACUGUUUCAUUUCAUAAAUAAAAACCUUUAUAACAAUUUAGAAAAUAUUUAUAAUUACUUAUGCAAUAAUAUUGUGAUUCUUUCUCUUGAUAUGAAUGCGAUAUCUCUAAAAAAAAGUCCCCGUAAUUAAUAAAUUAACCAAUCUAGUAAAGUUUGUCGUACUUAAAAAUCUUUUCUUAAUAAACUUUGUUCGAUCCCUUCAGGAAAAGAUUGAAUGUAUAAAUAACACGGGUCAUUAGAAAUGAAACUACUCAUGUUAAAGGGGCCAGAGUAAUGUAAAUCAUUACUAUUUAUAUUACAGUACACAUACUGUAGUAUAUAACUAUAUCCACAUAUAUAGUUAUAUACAUGAACUGUACAGAAUUGUAUGUAUGUAUUAUUACACUAGUAUGUAUUAUUACACUUUCUUUAUAUUAGAUUGUGAGAAAACACGACUCAUCAUGUAUAUCAGUUAUUUCUAAUUGCCCAAAUAUCAUUAUUAAUUAAAUAUAAACAGGAGUAAAAAUGUUCUAGAUCACCGGUUGUAAUUUUUUUUUUCUUUAAUAUUUUCUUGAUGGUCUGCCCCACAGUAAGGUUCUACUGUAUGAUUACUUUUUUUAUAUAUUGUAUUAAAUAGAUAACAGAAGCAAAAAUUGGUGAUAAAAAAAAAGAGGAUUCUAUUAUAAUAAAUGAUGUGAAGAUUGUUAAUAUUAAUUUAUUUUAUAAUUAAAAGAUGAGAUAAUUUUAUUUUAUUCCAUAUUUUAAGUAUGGAAAAGUAUAACUUUUAGUUCCUUAAUUGGUAUGUAUUAACACACUUUUAUGUAUUUUUUAUUACAUUUUAAGAAAAUAAAUUUGUAAUUGUAAAAAAUUAUAUGAACUUCAUCUUAUACAUAUUAAUAAAAAAAAUAUAUAUAUAUAUUUUCU